CUUUCUACACAUCGUCUUUAAUCGAUCUUCUUUACUCUCUCUCUCUUCUUCUCUCUCUCUCUUCCCUUUUCUUUCCUUCAUCCUUUCUUCUCCUUUUCUUUUCUUCUUUUUUUCCUCGGUCUAUCCACCUCGACUUCUCCUCAACCUCCGCAACUACUUUCAUCCGCCGCUCAGAUUCCACCUCAUUCCCCUCCCAAGAGGCAAAGACAUAAGAAAAAAGAAAGAAACAGCCAUGACAGUGUCAAAGACAUCGAUAGUCAACGCAGGGGCUGUCACCGACACCAAUGCCCUACCGGACAUCCCUCCAACCGCAGAGGAUCUGAAGACGGCCUCGAAAAAGAAGCCCUAUCGCCACGACUUUCCCGUCCACACCAAAACCGUGCCCAGCCCGUUGUCGAAGGAGGCUCCGCCAGAGAGCUAUCGCGGAUUCGUGAACCUUGGCAUGCUACUGCUGUUCGGUAACAAUAUCCGCCUGAUCAUCGAAAACUACCUCAAGUACGGUUUCCUCCUCUCCAUCCCCGGAUCAAACGUGUCCCGCCAAGACUGGAUUCUAACGGCCGUCACCCAUGCGAUCCUGCCCAUCAAUGUCCUUGCGGCCUACAAGCUGGAGGAAUGGGCCAUGAAGUUGGCUGUCGGGUUCAGGAAGCGUCGCUCCGAAGAGCUACAGAACGGCACCUCGCCUUCAUCCGACAUUGCAGCUGCCAAGACCGUUGCCGCAGGAGACGACACCAAGGAUGAAAAGAAGUCGACGCCCAUCAGGGUUCACAACGUCGAAACGAUCGCAAAGGCCAAUCAGUCGACCGUGGGCUGGCUCCACGUCCUGAACCUGUCGACCAUCCUGGCGUGGCCCUCGUUCAUGUCCUAUUUUAUGAUCUACCACCCGUUCCUGGCCAUGUCCUGCUUGAUAAACGGCUUGGUCCUGUUCUUGAAGAUGACUUCGUUCGCACUCGUCAACCAGGAUCUCAGGGCUGCCUAUAUCUUUGAUGCACCAAAGGAGCAGCUUCAGCACCUGGCUGCGGUUCACGAGGUUCCUGUUCCUAGCAACGACGACUCCGCAACAACGACAUCUGCACCUGCGACGGCGGCGAACGCACAUAUUUACCAAUACGAUGUCCAAUAUCCCGACAACAUCAAGCCCAAGAACAUUGGCUACUUUUGGCUCGCACCAACACUCUGUUACCAGCCCUCCUACCCUCGGACCACCAUCUUCAGGAAAUCAUUCUUUGUGAAGCGCUGUCUCGAGAUUUUGACCUGUCUGGGCAUGAUGUACUUCUUGAUCGAGCAGUACGCGACCCCGACACUGCAGAACUCUGUCAGGGCCUUGGAUGAUCUGGCGUUUGGCACGAUUCUGGAGAGACUCUUGAAGCUGAGCACGACGAGCGUCAUUAUCUGGUUGCUCAUGUUCUAUACCUUCUUUCAUUCUUUCUUCAACGCACUCGCUGAGGUCUUGUACUUUGGCGAUCGAUGCUUCUACCUCGCUUGGUGGAACAGUUCCCGCUUGAGCGAGUACUGGCGCCUCUGGAACAAACCCGUCUACACCUUCUUCAAGCGCCACGUGUACCUGCCCAUGGUCACCGCAGGCUACAAGCCCGCCGUUGCCUCCUUCGUCAUCUUCACCAUCUCUGCGGUCCUACACGAGGUCCUUAUCGGCUUCCCCACCCACAUGAUCUACGGAUAUGCCUUCGCGGGCAUGUUCUUCCAGAUUCCCCUCAUCGCACUGACAGAACCCCUCGGUCAUUGGAGGGGACGAGGAAGUGGACUCGGGAACAUGAUCUUCUGGGUCUCUUUCACCAUCCUCGGCCAGCCAGCAUGUGCAAUGUUGUAUUAUUACCACUGGACCAAGCAGCGCAUGGACGGAUAAAGCGCACAUUCCAUCUGCACAAUAGCAUUUA